AUGGAGAACACAGCUGUGCGGCCUUCGGUGUUCGUGGUGGACGGACAGACGGACAUCCCAUUCAGGAGGCUGGGGCGUGGCUGCCAGAGACAGGCCUUCAGCGCUGCCAGGGUCGGGGACGCAGGUUCCUGGGAGCAGCUGGUUCAAGAACGGAGGCCCCACCAGACCAACCCAGCGGCACACCUCACAGGAGCCAAUGCCAGUCUGACGGGCAAAGGUGGCCCACUGCUGUGGGAGACACAGCUAGGCCUGGCCUUCCUGAGGGGCCUUGACUACCGCAAUGGGGCCCUGGUGAUGUCCCAAGCUGGCUACUAUUACAUCUAUUCCAAGGUGCAGCUGGGUGGUGUGGGCUGCCCACAGGGGCUGCCCGGAAGCCUGCCUGUCACCCACGGCCUCUACAAGCGCACACCCCGCUACCCCAAGGAGUUGGAGCUCUUGGUCAGCCGGCGGUCACCCUGUGGGCGGUCGGCCAGCCCCCGCGUCUGGUGGGACAGCAGCUUCCUGGGUGGCGUGGUACACCUGGAGGCCGGGGAAGAGGUGGUUGUCCGUGUGCCACAGGAGCGUGUGGUCAGACUCCGGGAUGGAACGCGGUCUUACUUCGGGGCAUUCAUGGUGUGA